AUGGAUGGCUCGAGAACAGACAGGCCAGAGCAUAGAACUGCACUUAUUGCAAAAGAGCUGGCAAGGUACCACUUGGAUAUAGUUGCACUCAGUGAGACUCGCUUAGCUGACAAGGGUCAACUUUCUGAAGUGGGCACGGGAUAUACGUUUUACUGGAGUGGUCAUAACACCGAUGAACGGCGCGAAGCAGGAGUAGGCUUUGCUAUCCGAUCUGAUCUGGCUAGUACUUUACCACACAUGCCCGAAGGUAUCGAUGACCAUCUGAUGACGCUGCAACUACCGUUAACGAACAAUAAGAACAUGACGCUCAUAAGUGCCUAUGCUCCAACGAUGACUAAUCAAGACGAAACAAAGGACAUGUUUUACGAAGACCUCGAGUCUGUCAUCUCUUCCGUUCCAAGGUACGAUAAGCUAGUCAUUCUUGGUGACUUCAAUGCACGUGUAGGCUCAGAUCAUGUGACCUGGGAGGGUGUGGUUGGGAAGCAUGGUAUUGGAACGUGCAACAGCAAUGGCCUACUGCUACUCCAAACGUGCACCAUCCAUGACUUGACCAUCACGAAUACUCUCUUUCACUUGCCCACUCGCAACAGGACAUCCUGGAUACACCCGCUUUCAAAACAUUGGCACCUGAUUGACUAUGUCAUUACUCGAAAGAAUGAUGUGCGCGACGUGAGGGUAACAAAAGCCGUGUGUGGGGCAGAGUGCUGGACUGACCACCGUUUGAUCAUUUCCAGACUGGUUGUAAGAGUUGUGCCACGCAGAAGACCUCAAGGUCAAAAAAUGUUAAGGAGAUUGAAUGUUGCCUGGCUGAAGAUUCCUGAAGUUGCUGAGGCGUUUCGGAAGGAACUGGAAUAUACCAUCAGGAAUGCCAUUGCAGAUGCUGAUGCUGAUCCCGAAGAGUGGUGGACGAAGCUCCAAGAAGUUCUCCAUGCUACUGCUUCACAGCACCUUGGACCACUCAAACACAAGCACCAGGAUUGGUUUGACGAGAGUGACAAAAAGAUCCAGGAUCUGCUAACCGAGAAGCAUCAGGCCUUUAUGGUUUACCAGAAUGAUCCUGCUUCGGAGGCACUGUACCAUGCAUCUUGCAUCUGUCUCAGUUCCUUUUGCACCUUCCCCUUGGCAUUUGCAAAAGCCACUUUCUUGGACUUUGGAUUUCCUCAGCUUUGCUACGCCGACCAGAAUGACAGCAAGCACUUCUAUGAAUCAUUGAAAACGGUUUAUGGACCCAAGUGUGUUACCUUGCUCCCACUGUUUAGUUCAGAUGGCAGCUGGCUCCUUGUAAACCGGAAGCAGGUUCUAGAUAGAUGGAUUGAACACUUUGAAGGCGUUCUGAACAGACCAUCCAUUAUAAACGAUGAGGCCAUUGACCGCCUACCUUAA